GAAAGCCGCGCGCCCCCUCAUUACCGCCGCCUCCAUAAAGGGGCCUUUGAAGGUGAGCGCACGGCUCUCGGCUGGAGCCUAAUUGAGCUUCUUGUGCCCGACCCCAGUCCGGGUAUAAAAGUGCCGGCGCAGGAGCCAUCGCCACAGUCACAGGUCCUCCCUGCACCUCUGCUCAGCCCAGAACCAGAACCAGAGCAGAACCCGACAGCAUGUCCUACAGCCUCAGCUCCCGGACCCUCUCCUCCCGCUCCCUGGGCGGCUGCCUGCGGUACCCGGCCUCCUCCUGCGGCUCUUUCUACCCCGGCAAUGUCUACCCCGGCAACACCUGCUCCGGCAACUUCUACCCCGGCAACGCCUGCUCUGGCAACGUCUACUCCAGCAACGUGGCAUAUGCCCAGGGCACCUGCCAGCAGGACUCCCCGUCCUACGGCUGCCAGGAGACCUGCUGGGAGCCCGCUGGCUACCAGGCGCCCUCCUACGGCCGCAGGUCCUCCUCGCUCCGCCGGUCCUACCGGGCCACCUGUCCGGGCUCCCUGGGCUGCGGCAGCACCGGCCUCGGGCCUUUCGAAUACGGAGGCUCCGCUGCCCAGUCCCCGGGCUGUGGGGCCGGCUACUGCCCGCUGCCGUCACCAGUGUCGCGCUGUCGCUCAGCAUCUGCUCAGAGGGCAGACCUGAGACGUGCCGUCGCCCUCGUGGUGAAGGGGAAGGCGGAGACCCUUGAAGGCGUGAAUAUGUUCGUGACACCGACUGUGGGGAAGGCUUCACGAUGGACACCGUCCGUCCGUCUGGAGGGACAGCACGUUGCCGAGCACCCCUGCCCCCCACUUUCUCCGCCUUCUCACGGGGACUUGGGAGGCUCAGGUCUCUUCCUGCAGAGGCUCCGGGCGUAG